GGUUGUUCCAGAGGUGGGAGGCGGCACCCGUGGCUGUGAAGGAGGCCUGAGAGCGACAUGUCCCCGGCGGCUGAGGCAGAGCGGCCCGUGGCGCUGUUUGUCUGAGUCCAGGGCGGCCUGGCGGCCGGCUGAGGAAGAGGGUCGGCGGAGGCUGCCCCCGCUGUAGUGGCCGCCAUGCUGGGGGCCCGGGCAGCUGAGGGAGUCGCCGUGGCGCUUCUGAGGCUGCUGCUGCUGCUGCUGCUGUCGGCGCUCCGGGGGCCGGGGCUCGGCGUGGUCGGCACGGCGGGGGCUGGGCUGUCGGACAGCGUUAUUUGGGCGGUCAACGCGGGCGGCGAGGCGCAUGUGGACGUGCACGGGAUUCACUUCCGCAAGGACCCUUUGGAAGGCCGGGUGGGCCGAGCCUCUGACUAUGGCAUGAAACUGCCAAUCCUGCGUUCCAACCCUGAGGACCAGAUCCUAUAUCAAACAGAGCGGUACAAUGAGGAGACCUUUGGCUACGAAGUGCCCAUCAAAGAUGAGGGAGACUAUGUGUUGGUGUUGAAAUUUGCCGAGGUCUACUUUGCACAGUCCCAGCAGAAGGUAUUUGAUGUGCGAUUGAAUGGCCACGUGGUGGUGAAGGACUUGGAUAUCUUUGAUCGAGUUGGGCACAGCACAGCUCAUGAUGAAAUCAUCCCUAUGAGCAUCAGAAAGGGGAAGCUGAGCGUCCUAGGGGAGGUGUCCACCUUCACAGGGAAACUCUACAUUGAGUUCGUCAAGGGUUACUAUGACAAUCCCAAAGUAUGUGCACUCUACAUCAUGGCUGGGACAGUGGAUGAUGUACCAAAGCUGCAGCCUCAUCCAGGAUUGGAGAAGAAAGAAGAGGAAGAAGAAGAAGAAGAAUACGAUGAAGGGUCUAAUCUCAAAAGACAGACCAAUAAGAACCGGGUGCAGUCAGGCCCCCGCACACCCAACCCCUAUGCCUCGGACAACAGCAGCCUCAUGUUCCCCAUCCUGGUGGCCUUCGGAGUCUUCAUUCCAACCCUCUUCUGCCUCUGCCGGUUGUGAGGACAAAUUACCAUCCUGAACAGGGUGGAGGGUGUGGGAAAGAAACCAAACGUGUUGGUUUGGUUUCUGUAUUUUUCAUGGUGAUUAACACACACACACACACACACACACACACAAAAUUAAAGGAGAUAAAAAGAGGCAGAGUGAGUAGAGAGCAGCCCUUGUCCACCACCUGGUUCCAGACCCGCUUCAGUCCUAGUCCUCUCUUUGUGGCUGGCCCCCAGCCAUCUCUUUCCUCUCUAGGGUACUUAGGGUAAACUGGGUCCUACCUGUUUAAGGAUCCUCGUCUGUAUACCUACUAGAAAGGACUCGGAAGUUGGAGCAGAUGCCUUUUUUUAGGUUAGCAGUUGACAGCAAGGAAAUGUCAUCUUAUUACCUGAGAAGACCAGUACUGGGAGUUGGGUAUGUUCUGAAGUUAUAUCCAGAUGUGUUUCCAGAUGUCCUGGGAUGUCUGUGGUUUGUGUGUCUGUGAAGGUGUAUAAUCUGUGUGAUAAAGAUGAAAAUGGAAGGAUUUUAAAAAAGAAUGAAAAUUAGAUACUUCCUUACUUGGAAGCCUUUCUGGUUUUAGUCCAAUGAUGGUUUCACCUUAAGUGUUUGAGCUUUGUCAUUGCUUGUCUCCCUGACAUGUGCCAGUUUGAGGACUCUCUGGUAUCCAGGACGAUUAGUUUAUGUCAGGUCCUCAAAUUGCCUCUGACUUGUUACCACAACAAAUCAUUUUGAUUUCAGUGCCUGUUGGGGACUUGAUUUCCUCUCUCUCUUUCAUCUGUCUGUCUUAAUGUGGCUCAUUUGAAAUCUCUUCGCUCAACCAUCCUACUAAAUUAUUGCCAAGAAGGGAAGAACACAUGAGGACUUGGGGUUCCUUCUGCUUGAAUGUCUUAAUGUCUACCACCUCACCUUGAAGGUACCUCCCUCCCUGGAUCUCUGAGCUGGCAGCCAGGAGGACCCAGCAGUUCUUGUACUGGCCCCUUUGUAGGGUCUUGCUGCCAGGGGUCAGGGAUGCUUUCCAGCUCGCAGCAACAGAACACUUGAUCUUAAGAGUCUCUUCUGGUCUUUGGAUUAGAAAAGGCUUUUGUUAGCAUAACUUAAGAACAACCUCAGAGACUUGAGCCCCACUAAGUGACUGACCACUGUUUAGAGUAUCUAGUAUCUGAUGUUCAUUCUUAUGUCCUUGUCUGUCAUGGUUCAACCAGUUUGGGGUUAUGCCUAGAGUUGUCCAAGGAACUAGACUGAUUGUCUGUAUCUGGCCCAGUGACGCUGCUCAUUGAUCUUAAUAGUAUGCCCCUCUGACCUUUCGUUUUCCCGUCCAAGUAGCAGUCAGGUUCUUGGUGUGACAGGGCUGAAAGAUUUCCUGUCAGCCAUAGUCCUGGCAACUCUGAAGCCAACCUUAGCAUCUAAGUGUCUGUCUUGAAUUCCCUGGAAACAUUUCUGCAGGAAAUUAAGCUUCCUUAUUUCCCUCCUUUCUCAUCACUGUCAUUCUUUUCCCAGCUACUAGGAAUUUUGUGGAUGGAAGGCAGCAGGAUUAGCUUCUGCUUGAAGGCUGGAGCAGGAUAGAAUCUCAGGCAAGGCCCAUUUUAUCAGAGUAUGUUUAAUUUUGAGUUUGUCUUUUGGAUAUGUUUUUAAAGAGCUCCAUGUAUUCGGACUGCUCAUUAUGACAAAUUAAGUAGCCUUGGGCUCAUGUUCUGGAUUUUGGCUCUUAAUGAGUUACUACAGGCCAGCAUUUCAUCCUAUGAGAGUUGUAGCCCUUUAUUUUUGCUGUGACUUAGGCCUCAGUAUUAGGAUAUUGAGUCAGGCAGCUGAACGGCUGUGGCCUGAGGCUGUAAUCAGAGGAACACUUUUUGGAGUGUUUCACAAAGCUCCCUGCUUUAAAGGAUGACAUCCUGUAUCCUUGAUUCUGGGACCACCUGCCUGGGGCAGUGGACAUCCUGACUGUUAAUUGGACUUCUAACAGUGGCUUCAGUCCCCAUUCCAUCACAACCCCCAAAGCCGUAGGCCACUGCCAGUACAAUUGACAAGACGAGGAAGGAAAACUUGCCGCCUCCAUUCUGCCUUGUUUGUUAGUUUGCCUGGGUCUCUCUGGGGAAGGAGGGGUCCCCGCCUCCUCACCUCAACCCAUCCCUUCAGUGACUCAGAGUCUCAGAAGGAAACUCUGGCUCCUUGGGCCAUUUCCUAAUGGUACUGUAAGCCAAGCAGCUUUGCUUCUGCCUCUGUUUCCAAGCCCACCCUUUUCCCCUGAGCUCAGGGGUAGGAACGGGCACUUUCCUCUUUGGUUGUGUCUCAAAGGAAGGAACAUCUUUCUAUGGCUCACAAAAGCUAAAGGGGAAAUAAGGAAACAGGAAGAAGUAUGGUGGGGGCUGGGGUAGAGGCCCCUGGAGCCAAGCCCACCCAGCUAAGAGCUGCCCAGGGCUGGUCACAGCUGGCUCAUGAUGCUGAACUUGAAAGCUUUUUUUUUUGGCUCCGCCAAGAUGAUAUAGGUACGUGAAGUUUAGUUUAAAGGGGUGGGAUGGGGCACUCUUUAUUUUAAUUUUCGUAUUGUGUGUGUCAAGAAUUACUCCGUAGUUCAUCUUUUGCUUUUUGCACUGUUUGUUCCCAUGCCUGUAUUUUGAGCUAGUGCUAGGACUGAGAGGCUGCACUGUAGGGAGUCUGACUGGGCUUGGGGAGGUGAUGAGUGAUGCUAGCUAGGGGUGGGGAAGGAGACAUCUGGGCUCUUCUACUGGAUCUAUGCUCUGUCCUAGGUUUUUUAGAUUCCCCUGAGCCCAGCUGGCCAAAGCCAAGAGCAGAAGGCCAAGGUGAAACUUCUUUCUGGGUGGGCCAUGCCAUGAUGUCUGCUGCAGAUGGGCAGAGAGGCUGCAGUGUAGCCAGCCAGCCUCUAAUGGGACAUUUUUAGACUCCACUCAUGCUGACUGAAUCAUUGUGCCAGGAAAUAAUUUGUGGGACCUAUGUCCCCUGAACCAGAUCCAUUUUUCUGAAGAAUCUCCGUUAUUGAGGAGAAGCUGCUCGGUGGAUACCUUGAGUUGUGGUGACUUGAAAGAUGGUCAUCUUCAAGUGUCAGUGGUGUUAGACUCCCCAGGAGGACCACCUGACCUGCAGGGCCACCCGUUGGUUUGAGAGUGUGAUCUUAUUCUCUUGUUCCCAUUGUUUGCCUAGGAAAUACUUGCCUGAAAUUGGGGAUCACAUGAGAGGUCACUUUAAAAAAAGUGGGGUAAAGUUUGAGUUAAGUUUACUUUCCCUUUUCUGUGCCUGGGAACUGUUUAAUCCAGUUUCAGAAUUGUGAUUUGACUUCUUUAUAUUUUUGGAGAAGCUUCUGUUUUAAGGAAUUUCUCUUCCUUCUUAUCCUUCAUCUACCUUCUCCUAGGAAAGCCUGGCCGUAGCUUCUAGAAUCUCAGUUGAACGUCAGAAAACAGCAGCAGUAUUUUUCCUUUCCUAGCACUUAUAUUACUUUCCUUAGAAAUCGGCUCACCCUGGGAAGCCCAGGGAAAGAAUCAGCAGGUUCUCUACCCUCCCUGGGGUUUGGGGAAGGACCCACCCCGGUCAGCACAGUGCCUUUUCCUCUCCUGCUCUGAGCCAGGGUGGGCAUUCCCUCUAAAUUCAGGUCCGGGCAUGGGUCUUUCAGUCCCUGCCAUGGGGCUGCUUCCCCAUCCCUUCUUCCCCCUCCCCUUUGCUGGCCGGCUCUGACCUAAUUCAAGUGUCUUCUUGCCUUGAGGAGCCUUAAUGGCAUCAAGUGGCAACAUGUAAUAUUGUCCUCCAGGCCUCUCCAAAAGGACCCAGGAGAGCAGAUGAGCUUUCCAAAGUGAGAGACUUAAUAGGUUCCCCUGUUUAAAAAAAGGGGGAGAUAUGCUUUGGGCCUCGUCCUGCUGUGGCCCUGAGGGAAAGAAGCCUGGGAUAAGGCUAAGUGACAGUGCAGAAGCAGAACCAGAAACACCACGGAUCUGUGCAGAAAUCUUAGAAGAAAUCUGCUUCUCUUCUAUGGAAAGAUAUAAUUUAGAGAUCAAAGAGCUCCAAGAAAAUUGCAAAGAAGCCUUAAUGUUCAAGCUUCCGAGGGCUCAGAGUAAUUGUUCUGUUUCAGCCUGAGUUAGGACUCUGUCGGUAUUGAGACCGCUCCCGGGGCGAGAGGGCUAGAUUUCCUCAUUUUGCUACAAGACUAGAUUGGCACCAAUGGGUCAGCUGCCCAGUGAGGGCAAGUCUCUUCUUUGUACACAGGUGGCUUGCUGCCGAUUUGUUUGGCCUCCCCCAGCUGCCUUUUGGCUAGCCCGCUUUAGGGUGCCAAAGCAUUUUGAUAAGAACAGAUAACUUGGGGACUGGCUGGGGUGGCAGGAAAAGAGCAGGAUAGAUCUCUUGGGACGGGUUACCCCCCAGGAGUAUAAAAGCAAGGAGCCAGGAUCGUGCUGGCAGCCAGGGAAACAAGUAGUGCCUGUUAGUUGGCAGAGAGGGCCUUGGCACCUCUCGCAUCCAGGCAGUCUUGUGAGAUACGGGGGGCACACAGCACCAGGCAAAGCAAAACUCCAUUCUCACCUCUAUUUUGAGCUUCAGUGCUUUACUUCAGUACGAGAAAAAACAACAACAAACUGAAGUGUGCUUUCCGUCCUUUCAAAGGACAACUGUCGGGAAAGGAGAGCCGAGCUGCCAGGUGGGAGGGGAGAAUUGGCAGGGAGAGACGGUACGGUAAAACCAGGAAUGAGACAUUCUUGACUCCUCUCUUCCCUGGUGUGUCAUGAUCCAGGGAAUGAAAAGAAAUUUGACCCUGGGUUAGUUUCCUCCGCUAAGUUCUCCCACGCUAGGACCAGCUGCCCAUUCUGAGCUCAGGGCAGCCUCUCCAACCAUUAACCUGGCUUGUCAGGGAGCCAACACUGCUACUCUAGAUUGGGCCUGGCGGCUCUGUUCUGUACUAGGUACUAGAGAAUAGUGUCAAGUUCUUCGUAGCCCUUUGUAGCUCCUACUUUAGAUUUCCAUCCUCUCCUUGCGGAAGUGAAACCAACUCUCUCUAGCUGCAACACACUUUUACAGUGGCACAGUGAGAUGUGAUUGAGGAGCUUUGAACCUGGCUGGCCCGGGAAAGCCAGUAGGGGUGGAUAGAGCUGCCUUCUUUUCCGGGCUGUCUCCACCUGUCCUUACCCCUUCCAUGCCCCACCCUAUUCCCACCAAAAAAAAAAAUCAGGAUGUUUUUCACUGUCCAUUGCUUUGUGUUUUAAUAAACAAUUUGCAGUGACACUCUGUGUUGGGAUUGAAUCUGAACUUGAUUGCAAAAGGAUGAAGUGAUGGGGUGUGAAAAGGGAGACCUAGGGGUUCACUUAUCUGCAUAGGGUGCUCCUGUGACCGGUCUAGGAGAUUGUGUCCCUUUAGUCCUGUGUCUCUUUUCUUUUUGGCGGGAUGUUUGGUUAAGGGAAUGAAGUUCUGCAAAACCCUGCCUGGCCAGUUCAACCAGCAGCACAUUCAAGGAAAAACAAACAGUUGUUUUGUUUUGUUUCUACUUUCACUGGAACACCAGGCCAUGACUGUCUAACUCCCAAGCACAACGAGCCUGUAGCUGCCUCUCUUCUCAUCUUUCCCUCAGCUUCCACCGUAGCCCAUGGACAGACUAAGCCAUUGGACAAUUUUCUCUACUUUCUCCUUUUCUGGUAUGUUGUCAUUGCUGAGUAUACAUUGGGAAGAGGCAGAAAGAGCAGGAAGGAUUUUUUUUUUUCCCUGUAACUUAUCUGCCACGUUUUACCACUGAGGAAACUCAAAAGGCUUCGGUAAUUUAUCGAAGUCAGUAAAUGGUCAAGCCAGGACUCAAACCCAGUCUAUGCCUGCAGAGCCCAUGUUCUUUCUAAGGCUAUAAGAACAUUACAGAUAUUCUUUAUUGAAUCUUCGAAAUGUGUAGGCACAGUGCCGGGCACUUUUACAGAUGUUAUCUCUGUUUAAUCUUAAGCAAACCAGUUGGUAUUAGCUUUUAAGAGGUAAAGUGACUUGCCCAGGGCUACACAGCUAGCGAAAGGCAGGCAGAGCUGGAAGUUUACAUGAGGAUUCUUGCUCUUAAUCAUUAUUCUCUAUUGCCUUCCAUUUCCCUAAAAUGCUCUGUGACAUGACUCCAGAGCCUACCUGCUGCAUUCCUCCAAGCAGGAUGGAGGCUGCUGGUUUUGGGAGCGAGAGGGAGAAUUUGGCCUACCUCCCUCAGUUACCCCUUGAAGGGCAGAAUUCAGCGCUCAGCUCUAAGAAUGAGGCCAGUGUUGAUGGAGUUGGUUCUCAGGGCCCAAAUAAGCCAGGAGGCCCACAGAGCCUCUUUUCUUAGUUUGAGACCACCCAUUACUGGAGUUCUUUACUAAUUCAGAUUUAGCUGUUACUAUUUCAAGUAGCAUUGCAUGAGCUGCCAAAUGGGGAAGAGACCUGAAGAAGCCCUGCUCUAGGGAGUUGCAGGCAGGGAAAUUGUCUGACAGAAGAUCUUGUGCCAAGUGCCGGGGGUUGGGUUAAACCACUCCUUGGGUCCAGAUAUUAAUCUCGCUAAGGAAAUCAGGCUCCCGGUUGGCUGGAGCCGAUGUGUCGGACCUUACUGCAUACUUGGUACCCCACCCUCCUUCAUCCCCCAUAGAGGAAGAGAGAUGAGUUUUUCCAACGUUUACUGGAAAUCUUGCUGCUUUAGCAGUGGGGAGGGGUCAAGGCAGAAAGGAGGUAGAGCGGGGAGGGUAUAGAGCAGGCUGGCCUCUGCGCUCUGGCAACCUGAGAUGGUAGACACCUCACUGCAACGCUCUGGCCCAAGAGUUGAAUGAGUUCUGUUUGCUGUUAGCCUCUUAUGUUAGUUAAAAAUAACCCCAUUUGCUUUUUGGCUUGGGCCUUGUACAAGGACACGCUCUCCUGGUUUUCCUCACUGUUUCCACUUGAAUUUAUCUGUUGAUUCUUCAAGGUCUGGUCCCCAGCUCAUUUCCUCUCAGCUCUGACUUGAGUGUUUUUUUUCAGCCACUGCAUUUUGCAUUCUAACUCCAUGGCUUCUACCUGCGCAGUGUGGCUGCCCUCAUCAGAGGGGUCCUGGAGAAAGAGGCCACUUAAGUAUACUACCUUAGUGACCAUUUAUGAGAUGCUGUCAUAGUGCUUUUCGUUGCUGUUUUUCAUCUCCCCUCAUAAUAACCCUAGGAAAGAUGUGUGACUAGCUUGGUUUAUAAAUGAGGAGACGGGCUUAGAAGGGAUAAAUGACCUGCCCAAAGUGACAUAGCUGAUAAGUGACAGAGUGAAGACUGGAACUCGGUCCUGUCUCACCACAGGCUAAAUUCCUGGAUGUGGAAUUGUAGGCAAAGGGGUUAAUACAUUUGAAUACAUUUGUCAUCAUCCCUAGUAAAGGAAAGCCUUUGCUCUUACUGUCAUGAUGUACUGUUCUUAAAAAGGAAACUUUUGAAUGUAGAUAACUGAUGAAGGUGAUGGUUAACAUGGAGGUUUAUGAUAAUCUUUCUCUGAAAAAGAAAGUAACCUUUUAAGACAGUGAUAUAAAAUGCAUAAGUACAUUUUAAAAAAUUGUAUGGAUGCAAAAUGUGAAAACUCAUUCCUACUCCUCUAAUCCCUAGAGGAUAAUACAGGUGACAGUUUGGUGUCUA